CCCCACCCCUUCCUUCAGCCAAUCAGGAAACGACUAAAAGGGAGCGCGCGAGGUUUCCUUCCCCGCGCACCCGUUCUCACCGUUAAACGGCUGUCUCGCGACAAUCCCAAAGUGACCUUUUCUCCCCCUCCAGAGUUCAAUGCGCGCUAGGGGCAGUACGAAGGGGCAGGUCUCGCGAGGGAGGCGGGUGACAAGAAAUCGCACCUCUUUCCCCGCCUCACGCGCACCCUAGACUGGCUGCGCGCGCACCUGCCUCCCUAAGGAGCCACUGAUGCCGCAAGGGCUCUUUCUAUUCUUCUUUAGGCCGCAGAGGUAGCCUGGGCGUUCUUCCUCCUCCACCCUACCCCACUUUCCUGUCUUUGGCCUUUCUGUCCCCAGCGCCGCCAGAUCUUGCGCGGAGAAGGGGGUAGUAUUUUGAGCUGUCGCUUCUCCUUUAAGAAAAAAAGCCCCGUCGGUUGCCGGAUGAAAGUCUCUGAAAAAAUGGCGGCGGCAAAACGGAGGCGGGGUUGUGGGUCAACGAGGGCCCGCCUCCUGGCGCAUGUGCACCGUUAACUUAACCAAGGGCAUUCUGGGAGAUGAAGUCUUAUUUCGCCUAGGCUUUAGAAAAAAAUAGAUGGCAAACUAGAGACAGAGAGGAUGCUGGGAGGUUCUGACUGACUCACGACGGGAAAGGUAGUUUACUUUCCGCAGUCUAGCGUUUACUUUUUUUUCGGGAGGCAGUGUUUCCGGGUUAGGUCGGGAAACGCGUGCCGUACAUCCGGGCUCAAACGUUGAGCCAAUUGCUGGUCUGAUGGGAGGGUUUUUCCUAUUUUUUGUUACUUUUUAUCUGGGCGUUGGCGUACCUUUCUCGGGGUGUCUGCGUAAUUGCCCCGACUUACCUUGGUUUGGUCAGAUGACACCUCCUCUGGAACUGGGUAGCCAGCGUUCAUGUCUACAUUAUUGAUCUCGUCGUCCCCUGUGUGAGUCACUCACCUGUGAGCUCCUAGAGGUCAGGGAAUGAAUAUGGUUCCGUGGGGUCAUCUGGCCCUCGGAACGCUAGUACAAGGCCCACUACUCAGUUGGCUCUUAAUAAAAUCUGUGAAACGAAUUAUAAAGUUGUUUUCUACUAGACCCUGUUGGGACACCAAGAAGCCUUCGUCGGUAGCUUAACUUGGCUACGGUGCCCGACCUGGAGGAAGGCGAAAGGGUUGUUAGCGUGACCAGACUCUGGUGACCUACACUGAGAAGCUGAAGGGUCUCUUAAGCUCUGCGGCCGGAAGCCAUGUGCUUCUGCGGUUUAUACAAUAGCAACUUUAUCAGAAGUUACUUUUCUGCACACUAGCGUGUGACGUUAAUUUGUCUUCCUGAUUCAUCAAAGGGAGUUUCCGUUGCAGUUGGUGAUGCCGUGGGCCUCUCGCAUUUCUUUUUUCCUUUCAUCCAUAACAAUCAAGGAACGAUUUGCAAGAACACCCUUUACCCCUGGGAAAUAAAGCAUCCAGGGCUAAAAGCCCCAGAAGAAAGAAGCUGGAAACAAGAUCUGGGGAUUCAAUUUUAAAUUUCACAUUAAUCAUUCAGUUAAACUGUAGACAAGUGCUGAAGUACAUUUUUCCUUCCAGUACUUUGACUCAGAUACCACUUCAUAUUAGACAAAUGUUUUAUGUUCUCUACUGAGUAUUUUACAUUUUCAUAGGGCUAAUGUCAUUUUCAGUUGUAACAAUCGAUUGGCAUAGUGUCAAUGGAAAUUUUUUCAGAUUGAGUUUGCAGUGAGCAGACUUUUGGAAGGAACAGUGCUGACAUCCAAUGGAUGCUCAAAGUAAUACAGAGGAGAAAUCUUUCAAAAAAAAAUGUACAGACAGUGGAAUGAAGAAUGAAUUGUUCCUUUAAAAAAAAAAAAAAAGCCACUGUGGGCUGGAUGUGGUAGUCCACCCCCGGAAUCCCAGCGCUUUUGGAUGCCAAAGUGGGAGGAUCCCUUGAGCCCACAACUUCCAGACCAGCCUGGGCAACAUAGGGAGACCACCCUCUAUACACAAAAAAUAAAAAACAAAAAUAAAUAAAAAUAAAGUUUUUAAGCCAACUUAGUGGCGUGAUGGCAUGCACCUCGGGUCCUAGCUACUCUCGAAACUGAGAAGGGCAGAUCGCCUGAGUCCAGGAGUUCCAGUUGGAGGUUACACUGAGCUAUGCUAGUACCAUUGCACACCAGCCUGGGUGACAGAGAGCUUGUCUCUUAAAAAAUUAAAAAGACUACUGUGUUGUAGAGGAAAGAUCGCAGACUUUGAAGUCUUCUAUUAUAGUAAGUAGCAAAGCUACCAAUUAAUUAUAGCAAGUUGCUAUUCCAUGAACCUAUUUCACCAUUGGUAAAAAGGGAGGGGGAAAUCUACUUCACAGGGCCAUAAUUAUAGUUCCUUACUUAUUGCCUUUUUAUAGUAGGCCUUUUGUAAAUGUUUCAUUCAAGGUGAAUAAAUCACAGUGGUUAAAAAAAGUGAAGAGUUAACCUCAGUGUCACUUUCCAGAGAAAUUGCUAUAAGGCAGUGUAUCUAGACAGGGAUUAUGCUUAACUGAGAUGCACACAGUUUAACAUCCGGUAUCAAACCUCGCUUCCUUCUUUGUGACCCCCCUAUAGAUGUUUGCUUUUUGGACCACUAAGUAAGCCAGGCCCUGAGAAUCCAAGCAUGAAUCCACUUCUGCCCUACUUUUAAGGAUUUAUAAUCCAUGCAGGAAAGCAGAUAAGCAUAAUUUCUGAAUAAAUAAAGACAACAAAAUGAAAUGGAUGCUGGUCAACUCUGAUGGAAAUUUUAAGAAAGAGACUAUGCCUCUCUGGUUCCCCAGCUUCACAGAAAGAAAAAAAAAAAAAGGUAGAUGCUCAGUUAGAGUGGGGUACCUACACUUGGAAAAAACGCAAGUGUAAGUCUGCCAUUCCUGUGAAUCCAAGAUGAAUCCUGGCACAGAGUAGGUCCUCAGGUUUUGCAAAAUUAAUUUUGAAUCUUUAUCACCCUGGCCAAUGCACUACCAUAACUCAAAUCUCACUAUCUACCUUUCUAUGUCAAUUCCAUUUUUAAAACUGUAUAACCUAUAGAGAAAAAAAAAAAAAAAAGCUCACCAAAUCAAAAGAGAGGAAGUGCUAAGCAAAUACAGGAACCAAAAAGGGUUAUAGAGGCUGCCUUAUGCUGUCUCAUCCAGUUCCUUUGCGGUCCUCUUCUUCAGCACAUGCCAAAGCCGCUCCUCACGGCCUGUGAGACAAGAGCAUCUUGGAUGUAGGACAAUGGAAGAAUUAGAUGCCUUAUUGGAAGAACUGGAACGCUCCACCCUUCAGGACAGUGAUGAAUAUUCCAACCCAGCUCCUCUUCCCCUGGAUCAGCAUUCCGGAAAGGAGAGUAACCUUGACGAGACUUCAGAGAUCCUUUCUGUUCAGGAUAACACAAGUCCCUUGCCGGCGCAGCUCGUGUAUACCACCAAUAUCCAGGAGCUCAAUGUCUACAGUGAAGCCCAAGAGCCAAAGGUAUCACCACCACCUUCUAAAACGUCAGCAGCUGCUCAGUUAGAUGAGCUCAUGGCUCACCUGACUGAGAUGCAGGCCAAGGUUGCAGUGAGAGCAGAUGCUGGCAAGAAACACUUACCAGACAAGCAGGAUCACAAGGCCUCCCUGGACUCAAUGCUCGGGGGUCUGGAGCAGGAAUUGCAGGACCUUGGCAUUGCCACAGUGCCCAAGGGCCAUUGUGCAUCCUGCCGGAAACCGAUUGCUGGGAAGGUGAUCCAUGCUCUAGGGCAAUCAUGGCAUCCUGAACAUUUUGUCUGUACUCAUUGCAAAGAAGAGAUUGGCUCCAGUCCCUUCUUUGAGCGGAAUGGCUUGGCCUACUGCCCCAACGACUACCACCAACUUUUUUCUCCACGCUGUGCUUACUGUGCUGCUCCCAUCCUGGAUAAAGUGCUGACAGCAAUGAACCAGACCUGGCACCCAGAACACUUCUUCUGCUCUCACUGUGGAGAGGUGUUUGGUGCAGAAGGCUUUCAUGAGAAGGACAAGAAGCCAUAUUGCCGAAAGGAUUUCUUAGCCAUGUUCUCACCCAAGUGUGGUGGCUGCAAUCGUCCAGUGUUGGAAAACUACCUUUCAGCCAUGGACACUGUCUGGCACCCAGAAUGCUUUGUUUGUGGGGACUGCUUCACCAGUUUUUCUACUGGUUCCUUCUUUGAACUGGAUGGACGUCCAUUCUGUGAGCUCCAUUACCAUCACCGCCGGGGAACGCUCUGCCAUGGAUGUGGACAGCCCAUCACUGGCCGUUGUAUCAGUGCCAUGGGGCACAAGUUCCAUCCUGAGCACUUUGUGUGUGCUUUCUGCCUGACACAGUUGUCGAAGGGCAUUUUCAGGGAGCAGAAUGACAAGACCUAUUGUCAACCUUGCUUCAAUAAGCUCUUCCCACUGUAAUGCCAACUGAUCCACAGCCUCUUCAGGUUCCUUAUACAAUUUAAACCAAGAGAGGAGAGGAAAGGGUAAAUUUGCUGUUCUGACCUUUUGCUUAAUAGUCUUAUAGAAAAAGGUGAUGAGCAAAUAAACGAACUUCUACACUUUACAUGACUAGGCUGAUAAUCUUAUUUUUGAGGCUUCUAUACAGUUAAUUCUAUACAUUCUCUUUCUCUCUUCUCCAAUCAAGUACUUGGAGUUAGAUUUAGGUCCUUCUGUCUAGUCCCUCUACAGAUGUAUUUUCCACUUGCAUAAUUCAUACCAACACUGGUUUCCUUAGGUUUCUCCAUUUUCACCUCUACUGAUGGCCCUACUCAGAUCUUCUCUAAUUUGGUCCUGAUACUUGUCUCUUUUCAAGUUUUCCCAUGUCCCUGUGGCUCGCUUUCUUACAAUCACUGCUGUGAAAUCAUGAUACCACUCCUACCUCUUUGCAUCUUCCUUCAGUGUAUUUUUGUUUUUCAAGAGGAAGUAGAUUUUAACUGGACAACUUUAAGUACUGACAUCAUUGAUAAAUAAACCAGCUUGUGGUUUCAAUAA